UUUAUCAUCUAUUUGUGGUUCUAACUUCUCAGGUUGUAAAUUGUAAUGCCUAUGCUUCUCCCUUGCAUUGCAGCAAGCAAUUAUUAUAUAAUCUUUGGUUUCUUGUUUUUUGACAGAGGCUCGUCGACCGAAGGAGAGGUGUUUCCCUUUUCGGGGCUCCUCCUUUUCUUGCCCCUCUGCAUUUUUCUCAUUUGUCCUUCUAUGUUCCAUCACUUCAACAUGAAAAGGUCUUUUUAGCAUAUAUAUAUUCAAUUCCUUCCUUCUAACUUUAUGCUCUUUGCUUCAUCCUAUUAUAUUAUCCGUCCUUUCAGCUCUCAAAUUCUCUUUCUUGAUCACCUCUCUUAACUACUCCAUCUACUUUCACUUUUCCUCCUUCCUUACGGUAGUGUUAAAUUCUCUCUGAAAUGGGGCGUGAUCAUCACCUUGUUGUUUGUGGCCAAAGACUCAGUUUUCUUAGCAUUUCUCUUUGCUUUCUGAUAAUUUCAAGUUGGACCCAGAUGGGACUUGUUACUGAAGGUAGAAAGACUCCCAAACAGAAUGGUUUCUAUCAGGCAGUACAUGAUGAUAAGGCAAUGGUGAGGGCACAAAUAGGGUCAAGGCCACCAAAAUGUGAGAGAAGGUGCCGGUCUUGUGGACACUGUGAGGCCAUUCAGGUACCUACAAAUCCUCAAGCGCAGAACGGGAAGAUCAACUCUUCAACUGUGUCUACUAUUGCUUUUACAAUGGGAGAAGGUGGCUCUAACUACAAGCCUAUGAGUUGGAAGUGCAAAUGUGGGAACCGGAUUUUCAACCCCUAAUUCCAAUUGUACCAUAACUUAGUUGUUAGAUAUUCAAGGAUAGCAACUAAUUUACCAAUUUUGUAUAUGAAUAUACAUUUCUAAGUAAUGUAAUUCUUUUGUUUUUGUCUCUUUGGUUCUUACCUCUCAAUGUCCUGUGUCUGAGGAAAAGCGUUUAUUAUGCUAUAAUUACAUUGUUCCUCCAUUUCU